UGAUGUGCAUGCCGAUCUUGAGGACGUGAAUUGCGAUAUUGAAAUAAAAUCUAAACUUAUUGAACAGUUAGAAUUAUCACAUAAAAGAAUGGAACUUAUGAAACAACACUAUGAGGAUAAAUUAAUGCUUCUAAGCUCAAAAAUAUUGAAUACACAAAAAGAACGUGAUGACGUUUUGGCUAGUAUUGGUUCAAAUGCGGAAAAUCAAAAAGAUGAUAAAAUAAAUAAAGUACGAGAUCAAUAUGAGCGUAAAAUUGGAACUAUGAGAAACGAAAUGAAGAAACUGCAACAAGCACAACGGGAACAUGCGCGGCAACAGUUGGAGAUGAUAUCACAAGAAACAAAACUACGAAAUCUGCGUUCACAAUUAAAUGAGCUCAAAGUUAUUAAGCAAGAAGAGCAAAAACCAAGAAAACCUUUUCUCUCGUUGCAAACUAUUACAAGUUUUAUUUUAUGCUAGUAAUGACCCAUCAAA